UGUGGAUGAAAGAAACAGCCGAACUCUACAGAGUUAAACUGGAAAAGCUUUGUCUAAUGAACCCGCAGCUUGUAAUUGUUUCUUUUUAAUACGUGUUUUGAGGCAACAAAGUCAAGAUAACCUCAUGUCAGGCAUGUCGAACGCACAUUUAGUUCUGAGAGGAAGCCGUCUUUCGUGGAGUUUUAUCCCAUCAGGUCGACAGCUCCCCAGGACUCCUCCUUUGCUGAAUGUAACUAAGCACCUGACUUUUUGUGAUGGAGAUUUGAAUGAGGAUACGGAGCCACAGCUGAAAAUGGAGGCCGAUACUAUAGAUCAGGAUGGCAAUAACCAAAACGCGACGUUUGAUUUCAACAAAACUGGCACAGUAAAAGAAAACCUUUCAGAACCAUGUGAUCCCAACCCCAUGCUGAAAGGGAUGAAGGGGUAUCGGCUGACACCAAGUGACUUGGAGUUUAUUGAAAAGAUGGAAAAAGAUAAAUUUGUUAAAAAUCUCCAGCAAGACCUGGAAAAGGUGCAGCGGUUGUUACAAAAUGAAAUGAUGUCCUUGGAGCUGGUGUGUGCUUCCAGGGAGCAGGCGCAGGCUGUACUCGAAAAUUUCCCAUCCUGUGAGGAACUCACCGAGUGGGUAAAGGUGGCCCUCAGCAUGACAUCACCAUCGACUGACUUAACAAACCUGGACUCUAAGUCUCUCCUGGCCAUGGUGACGGAAGAAAACCUUCAAGGAGUCGCGAAUAAGAAGGGGCUAGAGCUCACUCGGAUGGAGAAGAUGCUGGCCGACAAAAAGAAGAAAGCGACUCAAGAGAGAGGGCAGCUUGAAAAACAAAUUGUCAGUGAACGGUUGAAGAUACAGGGCUUAAUGAGCCAGUUAUCAGACCUGAAAUCUGAACUCGCACAACAAAAGGAAGCCUAUAAAGCUGUUGAACUACAGAUUAAGACCAAAGAAGCACCAGAAAUCAAAGCAGAAGAAGCGGACACCUCCGAGGAACUACAAGCCACUAAACGCAGAGGAAAGAGAACAACACAGGCGGUUAAAUCCACUGAAACCUUGCAAGGCACAAAAAAACAAAGUAAAUCAACGAGGAGCAAACCCACAGACGGUAAAGCAGACAGUCGGACGAGUGUGGAAGAUGAUCGUGCAGAUAAGAACACAAGUGAAACUCUGAAGACGAAACGGACGCCUGGAGCUGCGGCAGAGGAGCCGACAAAGUCUGUUAAAGAAGCCAGAGGGCCACAGAAGAAGGUUGCGAAACGGGAGUCAAAUUCACAGUCUGCGCAAGCCGUUGGAUGUGGACGAAAGCCUCCUCGACCCGCACGGACCGCAGCUUCACGACUGAAAAAUCAAAGUCACGUGAAAACUGGGGAGUCCCAUUCCACGUCCCAGCAGGCGGCUCCCUCGCAGGGCAGAAAGCAGGCUGCUGUAGCUGCAGGUGAUUCUGCAGAGGAGGCCCAAAACGCUGUUCUUAGAAGAUCCAAGAGGAUAGCCAGCAGAAGGUGAAUGUGUUUUGACUGUUUUUUUUAUUGUUUAAGGGCGCUUUAGUGCAGACUGCUUACCCCACACCGGAACUGUCUUGCCAUAAAAUCAAAGCUGGUGAUCCUCUGACUUGAGGAGAUUGACACUUUCUGAUGCCCUGGGAUGUCGGGAUAGUGAUUGACUUAAGUCUUGUUGCUAAAUUGAUUCCUACAAUGUGAUUUUAUUUUGUUUUUAUGUUGUAAAUGCUUUAUCAUAAAACCUGAUUGUAGGAAAGUCUGUCUCAGUCUGUGAAGGGAGGUCAUAGGUCAUGUGGAGCAUAAUUGGUGCUGACUGUGGUUUAAUUUUUAGUUUAAGGACAACUCUAGAAGAGUGAAUGCUUGUCAGCACAGGGGCCUCAAGCCCCAAAUCAAUCAAUUCAAUUUUUUUUUUUUUUUUUUUUUAAAUUUGGUUAUUAAAUGGAAAUUCCUUUCACACUUUUUAAAAAAUUGACCCAGCUGAUGCACACGUCACAAAUAUCUUUCUUUAUUCAUGUUCUUCUGAUUGUUAAUAAAAAUCAUAGAUUGGUA